CAAGUUUCUAUCAGCAACUUGAGCGGAGAGGUGGGGCCUGGUGGGGCAGCCGCCCCACCUACAGAUGAGGCCACCGAGGCUCUGAGGGGUUGGUGCCUGCCCAGCUCACAGGAGGUACAGAAUAAGUCUGCAGGGGAGCUGGGGCCAAGCCCCAGGUGUCUCCCACCCACCAAAUCAGCUCCAGGUUCUCUGAAAGCUGAGGCUUGGGUGCGCCUGCAGGGUGCCAGGAGUCCAGGCCCGGUUUUGCAUCAGGCCCUGCUCAGAAGGUGUUUCCUCCUUCUCGGGGCAGCUCCUCCGGGCUGCUGGUUGAGUCAGCCUUAGUCCCUUUCUGCUCUGCUCCCCAAGUUCAGCUCGGAAACUCGGCUGCCAGGAGUGCAGGAGAGCCCAGGUCACCCUGCGAAGGUGUCUGAUCCAUACUGGACCCCUACAGGUCGACAUGUGUGCCCAGCUGGGGCACUGCCCCAGCUGAUGCCCCAGAGGGGCCACCCAUCUCAAGUGGGGCUCCGGGCCCUGCCUGGCCUCCUCAUGGCGCACGAGCCACAGCCUGAGGCUGAUGGAUUGUUGGACCUCAGCUUCCUGACAGACGAGGAGCAGGAGGCCAUUGCCGACGUCCUGAAGCGAGAUGCCUACCUUCGCCAGUUGGAGGAGGGCCGGGUCAGCAAGCUUCGGGCCUCACUGGCAGACCCUGGGCAGCUGAAGAUCCUCACGGGAGACUGGUUCCAGGAAGCACGCUCACAACGGCACCACCAUGCCCACCUUGGCUCUGAUCUUGUCCGAGCCUCUAUCCGCAGAAAGAAGAGCUCCAUGGGAGACCAGGCUCCAGGCAGCGAUGGGGAGGCUGAAGCUGCUGAGAAAGAAGCUGAAGAGGAGCUGGAGCCCAGGCUCCCCAUGGACAAGGCACCCCAAGAGAUGCUCAGCAAGGCUGAGAAACCUGAUUUCCCCUCACCAUAUGUCCCCCUAAAGGCUUCAGAUCAUGAGGAAGAGCCCCAGGCCCAGGAAGCCCCGGGAUCCGGGGACUCGCAGGUCUUUGCAGAGGAGGCGGACCCGGAGCCGGAGCCGCGGUCGCGGGGAGCGGUGUCGCCGCCACCCCCAGCCCAGACCCAGACGGCGCCCGAGAUCCUGGAGAACGGGGAGGAGGCUCCGGGGCCCGGCCCCGCACUCGACCGCAUGCUCAGCAGCAGCUCCUCGGUGUCCAGCCUCAACUCCUCCACGCUGAGCGGCAGCCAGCUGAGCCUGUCUGGGGAGGCCGAGGCGGGCGCGGUGCAGGUGCGCGGCUCGGUGCACUUCGCGCUGCGCUACGAGCCGGGCACCGCCGACCUGCGCGUGCACGUGAUCCAGUGCCAGGGCCUGGCGGCCGCGCGACGCCACCGCUCCGACCCCUACGUCAAAAGCUACCUCCUCCCGGAUAAGCAGAGCAAGCGCAAGACGGCGGUGAGGAAACGGAAUCUGAACCCGGUCUUCAACGAGACUCUGAGGUACUCCGUCCCGCAGGCCGAGCUCCGGGGCCGCGUGCUGAGCCUGUCCGUGUGGCACCACGAAAGCCUGGGUCGCAACAUCUUUCUGGGCGAAGUCGAAGUGCCUCUCGCCACGUGGGACUGGGACUCUGAGCCCACGUGGCUCCCCCUGCAGCCCCGGGUCCCGCUCUCUCUCGACCACCUCCCCAGCCGCGGGCUACUCUCCCUGUCCCUCAAGUACGUCCCCGCCGGCUCCGAGGGCGCGGGACUGCCCCCCAGCGGGGAGCUGCACUUCUGGGUGAAGGAGGCUCAGGACAUCGUGCCGCUGCGCUCAGGAACCCUGGAUACCUACGUACAGUGUUCAGUGCUGCCUGAUGACAGCCGGGCCAGCCGCCAACGGACAAGGGUGGUACGACGCAGCCUCAGCCCUGUGUUCAACCACACCAUGGUUUAUGAUGGCUUCGGGCCUGCUGACCUGCGCCAGGCCUGUGCUGAGCUCUCCCUCUGGGACCAUGGGGCCCUGGCCAGCCGCCAGCUGGGGGGCACACGCCUCAGCCUGGGCACCGGCAGCAGCUAUGGGCUCCAGGUGCCCUGGAUGGACUCCACACCGGAGGAAAAGCAGCUGUGGCAGACACUCCUGGAGCGACCGUGUGAGUGGGUGGAUGGCCUUCUGCCCCUCAGAACCAACCUGGUCCCCAGGACAUAGCUGCCCUACAAGCCCCACCAAACUCCUCUCUGAACCCCCAUCUCUGGGCCUGCCCUUGGCUAAAACCAAUAAAGUCUAUUCUA